AUGCGCCUCCAUGCACUCCUUCCAAGUUUCCAUGGAGCCAAGGGUGGAAAGGGGGUCGACAAUCGCCGCCCACGGUGUAGUGGAAUCAAAGGCGGAGGGGAUUGGGACCGAGGAAGAAGCCUUCACGCGGGUGGGCUUCUUCUUGACGCCGGGGAAGUCGGCCUCGACGCCUCCGACGCCGACGGGGGUGGCCGGAGAAGGAGAUCAGCGAAGGCCAGUCGAGGGCUGGAGGCGGCGGAGGGGAAGGGUUGGAGGCUCGAGGACUCGGGGAAGGGAUCUGUUUGCGGUCAGGGGAUGAAUCAGAUUGGAUGGAAGAGCAGAGAUAGGCAGGCGGCGAAGGCGGGGGGCCUGGCCCCUGCUCGCCCCCCCUUGGCUCCGCCACUGGCGUUCUCCCGCGUCCGGAUCAACCCCGCCUGCGUCGCCAAGCCCACCGACGCCGCCAAGAAGCCGAAGCGGCCUGCAGGAUCGCUCGACCACGGGGAACCUCCGGCGAAGAGCGUGCGUUGUGCUUCCGGCGAGGUCGCGUCCGCUGCCGCUGCCGCCGCCAGGAACAAGAAGCGCCCGGGUCCCAGUCCAGUCAGCGGCGUCGAAGCCCUCCGCGUGACCAAGAACCAGACCAGCGCCUCGCCGACUCAGCCUCCCGAGCUCACGGCGCCACCCAAGCCACCAGCUUCCAGCGUACGCGAGAAUGCUCGCCUUGCCGAGAACCAGACCAGCGCCUCGUCGCUGAGGCCCCUGGCCUCCUGCAGCAUGCGCGAGCUCCUCGAGAAGGCCCGUCUCGCCAAGGCUCGUAUUGCCGCUGAGGAUGCCGAGGCCGAGGCCGAGGCCAUCCACAGGCGCGAGAUCGAGCGGCGGAGGGCUGAGGCCCGCCGGGAGCGGGAGCAGAUGGUUCCGACGGUGGAGUUCAACGACCCUUUCAUUGAUUUCCGGGACGUGUUCAAGUGA